AAACUUCUCAGAGUGGUCACUCCAGGUCACUCUAUGUCCAACCUCGAGAAAACAAUUAAAACCCGGCAAAUGCGCAAAUAUCAAUCGAAUGAUUUUUCGUCGAUCGAAUGAGAAGAGCCUCGAGUUGAACAUUAACUCCUUGUAAAUCAUCGGAUAUUCAUGGUAACAUUCGGAAUGGAGGGGGCACCCUCAUGAUAAUUCGCACCAUAAUAUCGCCAUUUUUUUGGCAUUCCGGUGAAAUUGUCAACACGAUUUUUUUACAUACCUCGGGAAUGAGUUAAAAAUCACGGAUUUCGGGCGCCGAGGACCACGUCCUGCUGUUUUUGAAUAGUUUAUCAAGUGUUGGCGUGUGUGUGAGUGACUGUGAGGGAAAGAGGAACUAUCAAACCGGCACUGGAACUUUCAUAUCCGAGUCGAGGGUCAUUUGUUAAUUGGCGAUGGUCGUCGUGCGUUUGUUCGUUGUUGCUCCGAGGGGAUAGGAGUUGUGGAGUGCAUGUUGUGUCAAGCCAUAUGUCGUGGCUUUUGUAGUGGGAUUCAAUCUAGUGGAUUUCGAUGGCUGCACACAAGACAGGUGGGCAGAACGCCCGGAAGAAAGUUCAGGUAUCGAUGGUAAUUCGUGAUGAAGUCGAGAGAAGACACCGUGCAGGGGUGAAUUCCCUCCAGUACGACGCAGUCCUGCACAGGCUGUACUCAGCCGGUAGAGAUAGUAUUAUUAGAAUAUGGAAUUGUAAGAAUAUGAAGGAGCCGUUCAUUCAGUCGAUGGAGCACCACACGGACUGGGUGAAUGAUAUUGUUCUGUGCUGUGGGGGGAAGAACCUCAUAUCGGCGAGCUCGGACACGACCGUCAAGGUGUGGAAUGCCCACAAGGGGUUCUGCAUGUCUACGCUGAGAACUCAUAAGGAUUACGUCAAGGCUCUUGCCUAUGCCAAAGACAGGGAGCAAGUGGCCAGCGCUGGAUUGGACAGGCAGAUCUUUCUCUGGGAUGUCAAUACCCUGACUGCAUUGACUGCCAGCAAUAAUACUGUCACGACUUCUUCACUAGCCGGAAACAAAGAUUCCAUAUACAGUUUAGCCAUGAACCCCCCAGGCACAGUAAUCGUCAGUGGUAGCACAGAGAAGGUGCUGAGGGUGUGGGACCCCAGAACGUGCAACAAACUUAUGAAACUUCGUGGUCACGCUGACAACAUAAAAGCCCUCGUGUUGAAUCGCGAUGGGAGUCAGUGUCUGUCGGCGAGCUCCGAUGGUACAAUAAAGCUGUGGUCAUUGGCUCAGCAAAUGUGCAUACAGACAUUCAGAGUGCACACUGAGGGGGUCUGGGCCCUGCUGGCCACGGACACAUUCAGUCACGUCAUAUCAGGGGGACGGGACAAGAAAGUCAUAAUGACGGAGCUGAGGAAUCCCGAUAGGUACACAGUCAUCUGCGAGGAGAGGGCGCCCGUUCUGAAGAUGGUUAUGACGCCCGAUCAGUCGAGCAUCUGGGUUGCCACCAGUGAAUCCACUAUUAACAAUUGGUUGAUAAAUCAGAAAGACUGGCAGUGCGGUGACUACUGCGUAGACACAGCAGGUGGUGGUGCAGGUGGAAUGGUCCCCCGAAGUACGGAGCCCAUGCAGAGAAUACUCGGUGGUCCAGCAAUAAGACAUCACGUAAUUCUCAACGACAGGAGGUACGUCCUCACUAAAGACACCGAGGAGAAUGUCGCCCUCUACGACGUCCUCAAGGCCUGCAAAGUCGAGGAUCUUGGACGAGUGGAUUUCGAUCAGGAAGUGAAGAAACGGAACAAAAUGGUCUACAUCCCCAGCUGGUUCAACGUCGACCUGAAAACAGGAAUGCUGACCAUUCACCUGGCACAAGACGAGAACGAUUGCUUCUCGGCAUGGGUGUCAGCACGUGAUACCGGGAUUACUGAUAAUGACAGUGUCGAUCAAAAAGUCAAUUAUGGAAAUUUACUGCUCCAAGCACUCCUCGAACACUGGUGGAAACCCAUUCAUGCGGAUGAGGAGAACGAGGCGAAUAGCAAUGAUGGAACUGGACAGGCACAUUCUAGGGAUGGAAAUCCUUAUUUCUCGGUUCCUGGACAUACGCCUGUUAUAUUCAGUGAAGUGGGUGGAAAAACUCUCUACAGAUUACUAGUGCGAGACGCUGCUGGUGAAACAGAAAGAGCACUUCUAAACGAAACAGUGCCAUCGUGGGUAGUUGAUAUCGUUGUAGAUAAAAAUCUGCCUAAAUUCAUAAAAAUUCCGUUUCAUCUCUCGCCCCAUCCGUCUUCCGGCUUCAAAAAUUGUAAAAAGGAUCGAUUGAUUGCUAACGACUUCAUACAAGUUCGCAAAGUCGUUGAGCAUGUUUAUGACAAGGUUCUGGGGGCAGGGAGUGACUCUGGUUCAGUCGCUGGUGGUGGGAACACGGUAUCUGGGGGCUCACCAGCUGGAGAUCGUGCUAAUACUGAUUCCAAUGCUGAUAACUCGUCACUUGCUGAGGAAAAGGUGGAACUUCUCUGUAAUGAUCAAGUGUUGGAUCCUUCGAUGGAUUUACGAACGGUCAAGCAUUUCAUUUGGAAAAACUCAGCAGAUCUCACACUCUACUAUCGUCCAGUCAAAUAGUUAGGAUUGCGAGUAACAAGCAACGGUCCUCUGAAGUGUGCCUGGUUCUGUGCCGUGGCCAAGUGAUAAAAAAAAAACACGUGAAAAACAAGAGAGAAUGAACGUGAGUAAUUGGACGAUGAGUUUCGUCCGCAGUACGCCUCAAUGUUGCCAAAAAAAACAAAACUACAAAAGAAUGGAUGAGAAGUGUUCAGAAAAUAGCGAGAGUUAUUUUCCACGAACGAAGCCAUGGGUAUCCAGAUAAUGAUUUAUUUUUAACUGGAAUAUGUUCCGAUGAGUCUAGCGAUACAUUACUAGUUAUCAUUAGUAAAAAGUCAUUGAGUGUUGUUGUUGAGACGAUUUUGAGUGACAAGGAACACUAGGGAACAUGCUUCGAAAUACUAUUUCUCCAAUAUUUCUACCGAUUAUCGUGAGGCAUAAGGGAAUUAAUCAAGUAGGUAAUUAUCGCCGGCUCAGUUAUAUCAAUGUAGACAUUGAGAAUGCAUAAUUGGAACGUGUGCUGGAUUUUUAAACCAUUUAUCAUCUGGGAUUGGUGGGUGAUUGGUGAUUGCUAGACGUUCUGUCAUCUCCAUUAUGAGUUUAUAUUCGUCGUAUCGUACUGUAAAUAUCCAUCGUUUUCGCUGAUUUUUUGGGGGGGAGCAGCUCUGAGUCGUGGGAACGCAAGCAUUUUCCAAGGGAAAAACCUUCGGUGAAUUGAUUUCAAGACUCCACAGGUCGAAAUGUGGACUGGUGGGUUGAGGUUUUUCAUGUGUUGUGGGGAAAGUGGGAAAUUACUUUGUAUUUUCAAUAUUUUAGGGGUUUUGCAGUAAAAAUUGAUGGAAAUUAUUAAACAUGGAUUUUUUAUUUCGGUUAAUUAUGAGAAAUUUAUUAUAAUUUCUGCGUUGUGAAUUGUAAUAUUUUUCGGUUUAUAAUUUCGUUCAAUAAAAAAAAUUCAUUCAAUUAUUUCUGACAAAAUAUUGCAGUCAAUUUUUCUUCAUUUUGCCAUUUUGUGAAGGCACGGAGAAUUUUCUCGCCCCAAUUUUCUCAUUUUUUCGGCAUAAAGUACAUAUGGGAAUCCUCAAUUCCGCCCAGAACUCAUAAGUCUCAUAAAUCAUGAAGGAAAGAGAAAAAAAAUUGAAAAUUUUUUAGAGUAGUUCCUUGAGAAUGAUAAAAAAAUUGCGCAAUACGAGCGCAAUUUUCCUACUCCUUCACUAUUUGUCUUCCGAAAUUGAGAAUCAAUGAUACCAUUAAGUUCAAUGUUCUUUAUUUCCGCAUACUGUCGCACCGCGAACUCUCAAUCGUCGAAGAUGUGAAUUUUCAUUUACUGGUUUGUCACAGAGCACAACUUGAUUGAUUUCACAUGCUUAUCUCCUAGGCUGGGCAAACGACUUUUUGUGAAUAUAAUUGCCUCUGGCCUAAGGCAGUGUGAGAAUAAAUCUGAUGGGGAAAUGAGGAAUAUGUCAAUUCACUAGUUAUUGAACAUUGUCUGGCAGCCAAAUUUUACUGAGAUGAGAAUAUUGUAAUCAGAAAAACCUCAUACUUGAUCGACUGAACAUAAUAAAUAUGAAUUCACUGGUA